ACGACCCACCCGGACACGGCCCAAUCCAAGCCCCACCUCGCGCACACGCCACGCGAGCGAAACGCUCCUGGUCUCCUCCGUCUCCGCCUAGGGUUCCGGCGAUGGCGCACGGCGGCUACCCACGCCGCGGCGCCGCCGUCCGCCGGCCCAAGUCCUCGGCCUCCGCCGGCGUAGCCGACCGCAAGCGGAAGCGAACCGCCUCCGCCAAGACCGCCUCGCUCAAGAACCAGAUCCGCUCCACCGAGCGCUUCCUGCGCAAGGACCUUCCUGAUGACAUUAGAAUUGCUCAAGAGAAGAAACUUGAAGAACUGAAGAGGCAGCAAGAGCUUCAGAAUCAACUGGCUGUUCAACGGACAGUUCAGUUGAGAGAUAGGAAGAUAAAAUUCUUUGAGAGGCGAAAGGUUGAGAGGAUGAUACGGCGCCUUGAGAAGCAGCAACGCUCAAAUGGUGAUGAUGUUAGCAAUAAGCUGUCAAAAUUGCGAGAAGACCUUGAAUAUGUUAGAUUUUUCCCAAAGAAUGAGAAAUAUGUCUCUCUGUUUGCUGGAGGGAAUACUUCAGAUGCGGUUGAAGAGAGGAACAAGUGGCGUAAACAGAUCAAAGAGAAUCUCAUGGCUGCUGCAGCGAAUGGAAAAGAUUUAGAAGAGACAGCAAGCGAUGACGAUGCCUUGGAUGUGAGUGAUGACGACUUCUUUAUGUCUGGAAGUUCAAGUGAUGAAGAGGCUGAUGAUGAGUGGACUGACAAAAGUGCUAAGGAACCAGCUUCCAGUGCUUCAGGUAGGGCAGCAUCUGGCAUGUCAAGCGAUGAAAAGAACCAGCGUCAGAGAGAUGCCCGGGUUCUUAUGCCACCACCUCGCUCAUUAGCGCCAAAUAGAGCCAGAUCUGCAGAUAAACGUGUGAUAUCCAGCUCAAGCAAUACUUCAAACAGCACAAGCGGCGAAUCAUUUAAGAAUAGAAGAGUACCAAAUCAUCCUGGAGAUCAUAACAGCAAUCUGAGUUCAAAUUCUGAUGCUCAUAAACCACGUCGCAAGAGGAGGCAUAAGAAGAAAAAGAAGCUGGCAUGAAUAUUCCCGAAGCGAGUGAAUCGUGGGGGUGGAAACUGAGAUUCCCAGCAAUGUUUGACUUUGAGCCUGGUCAAUUUGGAAAGGAAACAAACACAGAAUGUGUGGUGUGCCUGAGCAAGUUGAUGAUUUUGUAUGCUCUCCUGAUGUAAAACGACUCUGCAUCCAUUUGUUCACGGAUGUCACUUACAGUGCCUAGACCGUGGCAGUCUACCGAUCACAGAAUGCGUGUUGGGUUUCCUUGCGAAAUUACGUUUUCCAUGAUCCCACAUUAA